AAAGAAGAAUAAGGUUAAAUUACGGACGCGGCAGCUGUCAUCUAUGUCAACAAAAACAAUAAAUUUUUAGUUUCCUUUCAAAUGAAGAUGGACCCAACAAAAUGCUUUAUUUGCGAAAAACCAUUCACAGAAGGCGAAACUGAGUUUGUAGGAAAAGGAAUACCGAAUUUAGUGGCAGCUAGUAAAUCAAGAAAAGACGGAAAACACGAAUUACUAAACAAUGUUGAAGUGCUUCAAGUUCACAAAAAUUGUAAAGUAGAAUACACAAAUAAAGAUAAUAUUAAGCUUCUUUUUGAACAGGCCAAACCAAAUGGUGAAACGAAAUCAGAAGGGAAACCUACAGUGAAUCAUUUUAGUUUUAAAACAAAAUGUUGCCUUUGUGGUAAUGAAAGACAUCCCAAGGCAAGAGAUUCUAAAAUUUUUAUACUAUGCACGACACCGAGUUUAAAAGAUAAAUUUUUAGAAAAGGCUAGUAAAAGAAAUGACGAUUUUGGUCGUCAGAUUGUAGAACGUAUCAAAAAUGUGAAUUUGGUAUUGAUGAAGGCUCGAUACCAUAAACAAUGCUAUACACAAUUAUUCUAUACGCCAUCAAAAUCUACGAAAAAGGGACGCCCAGAAGAUCAGAACUUAAUUUCAGCUUUUGAAAAGGUUUGUGAGUUUAUUAAUGAAUCUGAAGAAAGGCAGUUUACACUAAAAGACUUACUGGAGAGAGUUGAAGAUAACCUACCGAACGAUGGUUCUAUGUCAAUGAAAACAUUAAAAACGAAAUUGCAGAAGAAAUAUGGUGAUGGUAUUGUAUUUGCUACAAGUUUAAUCAAACCCUCUUCGAUAUACUUUUUAGAUUCUGGUGUAAAACACAGGGAAGAACUAAGGAAGCAGAAAUCAAUACAAAUUAAUUAAAGGCAUUGAGUGUCUUUGUUGAAUAGUUAUAGGUAUAUAGUACAGUAGUUUUAUUAUAUCGUUUUAGAUAUGAAUCUAACUUUAAAUGAUUAUUGAGAUCUGAGGUGAACAGCAGUUUGUAAUGCUCUAUAAUGUAAAAAUUCUAUUUUUAAAUUACAAAAAAUUAUUUAUUCCAGAGCUUCUACGUGUAUACUUUUAUUAGGUUAAAUUUGUUUACAAAAUUAGUGAAAGGAUAUUUUUUUAACCAACCUUAUCUAAUACUAGUACUAGAUACCAAAUAAUUAUUGAUUUCUGGCACUUAAUUCAGUUUUAACUUAAAAAACAUAGUGGAACUGGGGAUCGAAUCUUGAAUAAUAAUAAAUUGUUUAAAUCAUACUGGGACAAACCUUUCAAGCUGUGAAACAAAAUGCAGCAACAAUUUCACUUUAGGUCUUAUUCACUCCGUGUGUGACCAUGGUGGGGAUAGACAAAACUAUGCCAGCAUCCGCAGCGGCAAAAUAUAACAGUUUUGACGAAUUUUUGUAAUGUCAGUAUCAUUGUUUAUACAACAAAUUUUAUUAAAAAUGGUAAAUAAAUAUUACAUAUUAAUGUAAAAUAUGUCAUAUGUGUAUUAUAUGCUUAACAUCAAAUUGUGGUUGCCAAAAAUGUCAGGCGACAAUGCUAGGUGUCGUGUCAGUCAUGCACGGAGCGAAUAGAACAUAAUAUGUAUUAGGUAUUAUUUCACUGGAUUUUAAAACCAAUUUAUCUUGUUUUAGAUUUAUUUGUUGUUUUACGUGAUGCAAUAUUAAUUUUACUUCGGUAGUUACAGAACUUUCAAAUAUGUGGAUUUUGUAUGAUAAAUAAUAUUGAUAAAAUGUUUAUAAUAAAAAGAACAAACCUCAAUAA